UUUUUUUUUUCUUUCCAAUAUAGGCGUAACUUUGUCUUUAAGCCUAGACAUAUCCAUAUUUUAUGGCUAAACAAAACUUUAAACAACGUCGCCAAGGCAAAUUUAAAAACAAUGCUCCUAACCACAAAGUCAACAAACCAAAGAAGCCCGAACCUAUCAACCACAGCAUCAAAGGCCCAUUGUUUGAAAAGUCAAAAUUAUCAAGUGCCUGGAAAUUCAACCGAAAAAUCGGUCCUGGCCUUGUCAAUGGCCAAAACACUUGUUUUUUAAAUUCGGUCUUGGCCUGCUUGACCUAUACGCCUCCUUUGGCACAACAUUUGCUGAAGCAAGAACAUGGUCCUGUCUGCCACAUCGAAGGAUUUUGUGCCUUGUGCUCGAUGGAAAAGCACGCUGUGCGUUGUUUAAAGGACGACAAGAGUUAUGCUAAAGGAGCUGCUAUUCUUCCUCGUUACUUUACGAGCAAUUUAAGAGCUAUUUCAAAAACAUUGCGUCUCGGAAGACAAGAAGACGCUCAUGAACUUUACAUGUUUUUAUUGUCUGCUUUUCAAAAAGCGUCCAUUCAGGGAUUAGGAAAGUUACCACCCAAAGUGGAAGAGACAGCUCUGAUCUACCAAAUCUUUGGUGGUAAACUUCGAUCUCAAGUCAAGUGUUACAGCUGUAAAGCCACUUCCAACAAUUACGAAGCCUGUCUUGAUCUCAGUGUCGAUCUUGGCAACAAGGCCAAUUCGAUCGAAUCAGCACUUGACAACUUUACUAAAAUCGAUGUGAUUGGCAAUGAUGAUCCUAGCAACCGAUAUAAAUGUGAUGCUUGUAAGCAAAUGGUCAAAGCAGGCAAACAAAUGACCAUUGAUGAACUUCCCAUGAUGCUCACGAUCCAUUUAAAGCGUUUUGCUUUUGAUCUUCAACGUGGCUAUAUGCGCAAGAUCAAUACAGAUGUUCAAUUUCCUCAAGCGCUCAAUAUGGCACCUUAUGUUAGCCAAGAAAAAAAGGUCAAGGAAGCCAACUAUAGAUUAUAUGCCGUCCUUGUUCAUUUUGGUCAUGGAUGUGAUUCUGGGCACUACAUUGCUUAUGUCAAAGCACCGAAUGGUCAAUGGUACCUCAUGGACGAUGAAGAUGUGACGCCUGUCUCGAUCAAGCAAGUGUUAUCGCAAAAGGCCUAUAUGCUCUUUUAUCAACAAGAAUCGCCUAUUCAAGUCACAUCAUCACCACCUCUUGUGCCUGUCAAAGAAGAAAUCAGUGCCAAGAAGGUAUUGGUGACGCCUGAAACUAAGAAGCCUACAGAAAAGAGAAGAGUUCAACUUAUUGAACCUACGGUUGAAUCAGACAAUCCUCGUGCAUGGACAGUUCAAUCGUCUGAAAAGCCCCGACGAUCCAUGCGUGGCAAUUUAUCUCCUCCUACCUUCAGUGCUAAUGUCAGCGAUGAUAGCAUUUGGGCCAUUACAAGUUAUGAAGAAUUCAAACGUAAACAAAAAGCCAACAAAAGACGUGUCUUUAGAGUCAAGUUGGAAUCCAAAAAAUCACCAUGGCAUGUUUCUCCUUAUUAAAAAAAGAAAAAAAAGUAUAAUAUGAUUUGUAAAUAUACCUUUUCCUUUUUUUUUUCUUUAAUAAAACACUACAAAAAAAAAA